CUCCCUCUUCCUCCAGCCCGCCCCCUCCCGCCAGGGCCCAGAGAGACGCGGACGGAGCGCCGCCGCCCGCCCCUCACAUCCUGUGCCGCUCACAGCCUGUGCCGCCCGCGCCCGCACCCAUGGCUCUGUGCAACGGAGACUCCAAGUUGGAGAAUGCUGGAGGAGAUCUCAAGGAUGGCCACCACCACUAUGAAGGGGCUGUUGUCAUUCUGGAUGCUGGUGCUCAGUAUGGAAAAGUCAUUGACAGGAGAGUGCGGGAGCUCUUUGUCCAGUCUGAGAUCUUCCCUUUGGAAACACCAGCAUUUGCCAUCAAAGAGCAAGGAUUUCGCGCCAUCAUAAUCUCCGGAGGACCAAACUCGGUGUAUGCAGAAGAUGCCCCCUGGUUCGAUCCAGCAAUAUUCACCAUCGGCAAGCCGGUCCUUGGCAUUUGUUAUGGCAUGCAGAUGAUGAAUAAGGUAUUUGGAGGGACGGUGCACAAGAAAAACGUUCGAGAAGACGGAGUCUUCAACAUCAGCGUGGACAACACCUGCACGUUAUUCAGGGGUCUUCAGAAGGAAGAGAUUGUGCUGCUCACACAUGGAGAUAGUGUAGACAAAGUAGCGGAGGGAUUCAAAGUUGUGGCACAGUCUGGGAACAUCGUGGCAGGUAUAGCAAAUGAAUCCAAAAAAUUGUAUGGAGUACAGUUCCACCCUGAGGUCGGCCUCACAGAAAACGGGAAAGUGAUCCUGAAGAAUUUCCUGUACGACAUAGCCGGGUGCAGCGGGACCUUCACUGUGCAGAACCGGGAGCAGGAGUGCAUCCGGGAGAUCAAGGAGCGAGUAGGAACGUCUAAGGUUCUGGUUUUACUCAGUGGUGGCGUCGACUCCACAGUUUGCACGGCUCUGUUGAAUCGGGCUUUGGACCAAGAUCAAGUCAUUGCUGUCCAUAUAGAUAAUGGCUUUAUGCGGAAGAGAGAGAGCCAGUCUGUGGAAGAAGCCCUCAAAAAACUUGGCAUUCAGGUCAAAGUGGUCAAUGCUGCUCAUUCUUUCUACAACGGCACGACAACGUUACCGAUAUCUGAGGAAGACAGAACUCCCCGAAAAAGGAUCAGCAAGACGUUAAACAUGACCACAAGUCCCGAGGAAAAAAGGAAAAUUAUUGGAGACACCUUUGUCAAGAUUGCCAAUGAAGUGAUUGGAGAGAUGAACCUGAAACCCGAGGAGGUUUUCCUUGCCCAGGGAACAUUAAGGCCUGAUCUAAUUGAAAGUGCAUCCCUUAUUGCAAGCGGCAAAGCCGAGGUCAUCAAAACACAUCACAACGACACGGAGCUCAUCAGGAAGCUGAGAGAGGAGGGAAAAGUAAUAGAACCUCUGAAAGACUUCCAUAAAGAUGAAGUGAGGAUUUUGGGUAGAGAACUCGGUCUUCCUGAAGAACUGGUCUCUAGACAUCCAUUCCCAGGUCCAGGCCUGGCAAUAAGAGUAAUUUGUGCCGAAGAGCCUUACGUAUGUAAAGACUUUCCUGAAACCAACAACAUUUUGAAAAUAGUAGCUGACUUUUCUGCAAGUGUGAAAAAGCCUCACACGCUGCUACAGAGGGUCAAAGCUUGCACUACCGAGGAAGACCAGGAGAAGCUCAUGCAGAUCACCAGCCUGCACUCCCUGAGUGCCUUCCUGCUGCCCAUUAAAACCGUCGGGGUCCAGGGGGACUGCCGCUCCUACAGUUACGUUUGUGGCAUCUCCAGUAAAGAAGACCCUGACUGGGAGUCCCUGAUGUUUCUCGCGCGGCUGAUCCCCCGCAUGUGCCACAACAUUAACAGGGUGGUCUACGUCUUUGGCCCCCCUGUCAAAGAACCUCCCACGGAUGUCACGCCCACCUUCCUGACCACCGGAGUGCUCAGCACGCUGCGCCAAGCUGAUUUUGAGGCCCACAACAUUCUCAGGGAGUCUGGCUACGCCGGGAAGAUUAGCCAGAUGCCGGUGAUCCUGACGCCCCUGCAUUUUGACCGGGACCCUCUUCAGAAGCAGCCGUCCUGCCAGAGAUCAGUGGUGAUCCGGACCUUCAUCACCAGCGACUUCAUGACUGGGAUUGCAGCGACGCCUGGCAACGAGAUUCCCGUCGAGGUGGUGCUGAAGAUGGUCACGGAGAUCAAGAAGAUCCCGGGUAUUUCUCGCGUUAUGUAUGACUUAACAUCCAAGCCCCCAGGAACUACCGAGUGGGAGUAAUAAACUUCCUUUGCGUUGCAAGUGCUGUGUGCCCUUUCAAUGGUCAGAGACGUUCCAGGGUUGCCAUGCAGUACUGAGAGGAGAGCGUCGGGGCGCUCCUUCCAUCGGGGCCUGUCCGGGAGCGGCGGGAGCCCCGAGGGGCUGUGUGGGAACCCUGAGCGGGCUGAGGAUUUGUACGGGUAACUAGGCAAGGCGCCACAGCCUGUGCUCAGACACACUCAUCUGACUCUCACCUUUGUGUUCUCACAUUCGUUCUGUUCUGGGUCUCACCUUUGCAGUCACUGAGCUGCCUCUUCUCUAAAGGCGUACCCCCUCUGGGGACUUGGGGUACCUGUGCGGCCUCCUGUUGGGGGCAGGCUCAGGAGAGCCACAUGGCGGACUGUCUCCGGCACGGGAGCAUCGCGGGUAGGACGCUUUGCAGGGGCUGCUAACUCCAUGGCCCCCCAGGAACCUUUUCCUUUCACCAGUAAGAACUUUGACCUGUCUCAGCUGGAGAUGUGCUCAAAUCACAACUUUUUAAUUCCUAAAAAAAAAAAAAAAAAAAAUAAGAGAAAGUCCUUUGUCUGCAGGCUUACUUGACUGAGGAGGGAUGAGACGGAGGGGAGAGGCCGGUGCCAUCAUCCUGGGCCACCUUGUCCUCUCCCUGGUGAGCUCCAUCCUCUCAGGCCUGAGGGCCGACCCACAGAGUCCAGGGAGGGUGGCAGGGUAUUCCCUGACACAGAGUAGAAAGGCGAAGGAGGUAGAGCUUCACUUGGUGGUUCUGUGGGACCCAGAAGAGCGGCUCUCAGACCCCUGGGAUGAUGAUCCCCAGCUGUGACAGCAGCUGCAGGGGCCAGGGGGGCCCUGGGGGGUCCUGGGGAAAGUGUCUGUAGCCGCUGAUGUGCUUGGAACUGCCAGUUAGUCUCUGCUUAUGGGAGAUGGGCACUUUUUUUUGCAAACUCCAGCCAAAGCUGUAAAAGAAAAGCUCUUUGGGACGUCCCCUAAUAAUGUUCCCAACUUUUAGAGUCCAGUCACCUCUCGGAUCUGCCAGGAUAGAAGGGAGUAGCCCUGGCGUGACCACAGCAGCUGAGACCCCUGGAUUUCUCCUGGAUGCUUCCCCCUUCUGCCGCACUUUUCUCAUCAUUUAGACCUUCCCUAGCCACCUCAGGCCCUGCCAAUCCUGUCAGCAGCAGCAAUCCCUUGGGCAGAAGCGCCAGCCUACACAUGGCACCGGGGCUGCUCCCGUCCCAAGUGGAUCAGGGGCCUGGCUCCAGGAGCUGCUCCUCCUGCAGCCGGCCUGACAUGGGCCAGGAGCGGCAGCCACGACCAAACCUCCGCCUUCUUCUCUUCACCUUGGGGAACCCCAGAAGAGGCGGGGGUGGCCAUCUGCAUCUGAGAGCUGCUCUCUGGCCAAGGUGGUCCCCAGCCCUCCCAGCUCCAGGAGCUGCCCCCGUGGUCAGCAGGGUUCCUGCCACUGAGUAAUUGCUGUAGUGAAAGAAGGGAAAAAUGAAUUAACAAAGACUGCUGGAGUCGGCAUCAGGAGGCCGGUGCUUGAAUCUUGCCACUGCCAUUGAGGUGAUCUUGGGUAGUUUUCUCAGGCUCGAUUACCUUGCCUCUCCCUUCCACACAUGCUCCCCCAUGUCCAGGUUAUCCAACCCGCUCUCAUGAGGAAAGUGGCGCCAUCCAUUUCCAGGUGGCGGGGGUGCUCGUGGGCCCCCACAGUGAAUCGAGGCUGCCCUUGAAGGGGUUGGUAGAGUGCAGAGAAGGGGAGGAGUUGUGAUCCCCCCAAUAGUGGUGAGAGCCGGAUCCUUCCGCAAACCUAGCAGUGAGAAGAGGGGAGAGGCCAUGGCACGAGGUUAGACCAACUGAAGUUUCCCGGUGGCCCCUCCUGGGCCUCUGUUUGAGGUUGGCUUUAGACCAAGAUGGCGUCAUGAUGCCAUCCUUGUGUUGUCUCUCAUUGGCUACAAUGGGAAAGGUCUUGGGGCCCUGUCAGAGGUCAGGAUGUGCUCUCUCCCUCUCCCCCUCCCUCCCGUCUCCAGUAUUCUACACCAGGAGAACUCCAGGUCGUCCUGCUGGUAGCCCAGAAUGAUAGUGUUAAGUAACCCAACUCGACGGCAACUUGGGGUUCGCCUAGGAGGCUGAGCCUCCAAAACUCGACUCAUCCCCUCGUUGUGCAGAUGAGCAAACAGACCCAAACUUGCGAAGUGGCCAGAACCCCAUUGCGCCUUCCUGUUACCCACUGUCGGUAUCUCCCCCAGUGGGUAAGUCUGGAACAUUAAACAUUAUCUGGAGAGGUUUUCUGUUCCUCCUCAGCCCUACAAGCUACAGCUCCAAAGCUCUCCUCCCUGGAUGCCCCCGCCUGUCGUAACCCAGAUGGAGUACAUAUACGCCUUUAGAGAAUACCGGUCACAUAACAGCAAAUUAUGCUUUUUUGUGUACCCACAUGAAAAGAGGCCAUUUAUUUGCAUUUACCGAGACCAUUGUUACAACUUCAUAAUGGAAAAUGGAAAAACAAAUGUGACCAACUGCUUUUGAACAGAUUUGUUAUAAAUAAAUAUUUUGCCAAAUGGAAUAGUGUAGUAGAUAUUGUUGAAUUGUGGAAAUACUAUGUAUUUGUUGGCUGUGUGCUGUUCGUCUGUUCCAUGUUGUUCAGGCAAUAAUGUUGAAAUCACAAUAACCUGGCUAAAAUAAUGUGAAAUGACCUUCAUCUUUCUCUUGCUGUCUUUCUAUCCUUUUGCUUUCCUGGAAGCAACAAAACUGUUUGUAUAUAGGACUUUCAUCCUCUGAUUGCUUAAGCUUUGGUGUCUGUGAUAAGAUGGGAGGGAAGAAGCCAGAGAGGCGACUCUGCUGGCCUCUGCACGGGGAUCGCGCGGUGCGCCGGCGGUCCGGUUGUCCUCCCGCGGGUAGAAUAGCUUAAGUUGACAAUCACGUGCUGACAUUAUCUCGCCAGGUGCUGAAGGUGCCCUCUGGAGGUGUAGCUAGUGCAGGGGAGGAGGCGAAGCUCUGAGAGGUCGGAUGGCUGGUUGAAGCCACCACAGGUGGUGGGUUGGGCUUGGACCCACAGCCCGGGGCUCCUCAUUCUCCCUGGGAGGAUGUUGGACUUUUGUCUAGAAUGUGAAUAACAGACACGAGGUUGGGUCGUUUUUAUCCUCAUCACCAGCGAAGGAUGUGCAUUUUUUUUUUUUUUGUAAGUUCCAUGAACAAGAAGCCUUCAAGUACUUAUGCAAACCUGCCCUGACCUCUUGCACAUGCCUUUUUCUAUUGGGCCAAAUUGGUUUUCACAGGAGCUGCCCGAAGACGUCCCUCUCUUUGUGGACUUGACUUCUAGGCGGCCGUCGAUCCAUUAAGAAAAAGGGUUUUGAGGCUGCCCUGUGAUUGGUGAAGGCGGCCGCGCUGUCCGGAGAAGAGCCUCCUGAGUCUGAUGGCCACGCUCCUCUGGUACGUUCCUUGAGGCCAAAGGCCCAGUGCCUUCGACUACCUGAGAAGUUUGGGCUGUCCUUGGCGUGGUGUUGCGAUUCCCAGAGGGACUUGGGCUGAGCUCGGCGCCUCCCGCAGGCAGCGCCAGGCAAACAAAAGGAAACAAAAAAAUCAUUCCCACCCCGGGGUUCCUCCACAGCUGUAACUUUCACUGCCCCACCAGAUUUCCCAGCUGAAAAUUCAAGGCCGAUUUGUCAAAAAGCCAUAGUUUACACCACAGUCAUAUUCCUUUAUUUACAGGAGCUUUUGAGUGGAAGUCUCAUUCUGUUGAUGUGGGUGAUGGGUUAUGGGAAAGCAACUUGGAACUACCCCUAUCCCUCCACUGAAUCUUAGUGGAACGGUGUCUCCCAUGCCCUCGUCUGCCACACUUACUCUGUGUCUGCAGUGUAAUCUGGAGGAUGCGUGUGGUACCUAGUGUGAUCUCCCGUGAGCCACGUGAUAUCAUUUAAAUGCAAUGAUCCUCUGUGUUAUGGGAAGCCUGCCCUUUCUGGUACCCCUUCUUGGGCUCCAUGUGCCCCCUUGUCUGAGUAUACUAUAAGUUGUUAGUAUUAAUUUUAAGUAGGAAAAAUGGUAAAUAGAUGUUUAAUUAAAAAAAAAAAAGAACUUGAUGUGAUAGAAGGAAAAUUCCUCUGUUGGGUUCUGUGAGAAACCUCCUUGGCUUUACUGUGGUUGGGUGGAUUUCAUCAGAACCCCAGAAUGGAAGGCAUUCUAUGGUGCUGACCUUUUAUUUGUAAAUUUUGGGCAAAUCCCACGUACCAGGAAUCGUCUCUACUCCGCCAUCACCAAAGGUACAAAAAAGCCUUGACGUGCUUGAGUAGGCCUUGUAGCAGCCAGAAGUGGUUAGAUUAAUCAGGAGGAGAUUGAGAGGGGAAUUGGGGGCGGGCACACUUGAAAUCGCAGCUGACACAAUGAGCUUUUCUUAGUUCUGACUGACAGUGAGUGAUUAGAGAGGCUUCAAGCUUCAUCACUGCAGGAGGAACGCCAUUGAGAACUGUCAGAUUUCCAUGUGCGCUUUUAAAGGCCAAUCUCAAAACACUUAAUAGGAACUAGUAUUUCUGAUUUCAUUAUGCUAAGUCGCCACUCCCCUCAGUAGACUUCAGUUAGAGCUUCUCUUUAAUUUCAGGUCCUUGUUUAGAAAGGAGCGUAUGCGAUCCCAGCAUCGAGAUAAUUCCUGGUUUUGUUGAAAUGUGUUGCAAAGAUUAGAUGUCGAAAUAACUCGUGAUCUUUAUUGGCGUGGUGUCAUGAACAUAUCAUAUAUAUAUAUCUCCUUGUACGUGUAUAUGGUAUGUACGUGUAUAUGGUAUGUACGUGUCCAAGUUUGGUGUGUCCAUUCGUUCACUUAGGAGCUAACAAGCAGAAUCGUUCUCAUUCCCGCAGAGGUUUGUAACAGUCUCGUGCUUUUUAGAACGAUCUCUGUGGGAGAAGUGAUUAUUUUCAUCUGUGGGAUUUAGAACCUGCAAAAAGAUCUCAUGUACAGAAUUGUUACUAUAUUUAAAAAUUCAAUAAACACGUGUACUGUAUGAUGGGGAAAUGCUGGGUGGCUUUGUUAAGUCUUAGAGUUAAAAGUGGACAACAGUUGCCCUCACCUGCCUUGAAUGUGUUUUAUGGAGUUUACACAAUGUAGUGGGUUUUUUCCCUGCAGAGAGGAAGCCGGUGCUUUGCCCAUUUAUUUUUUAAAGGAAUUUAGCUUAAAGCCUACUAAAGGAGCAUAGCUGCCCUGUACAAUAUGUUCAUUUCAAGUCUUGGGUCAAGUCAUAUGUCAAACAUUAUUUUGCAAAAAUUUGUACUGGGAUAAUUCUUGUUUCAAAAAAAAAAAAAAAUCCUGCUUGUGAAACAAUAUAAAGUACUGUGAGCCUUAAUUUUUAUCCACAAAUAAAAAUAAUAGUAAAUUAUGUUAACAGGG